AACCCAAUCUGGCAACCCUGAGAAGAGCCAGCAAUGUGCCUAGUGAAGUGCUGUGAAUAAACACACGCGCACACUCAGUGUCUCCGGAGGGUGCAGGAUAUUUAUCCCGGUCCUGUGACUGGCCUUUUCCUGAUGAGGACGAGUUGCGGGAUGGACGAGCGGUGAAUAUCGUCAUUUCCUUACGGACUGAAGAGGAUGGGAGCAGUAGCCAAGCACUGGAGAUGUCAUUCGGUCGGCUGCUGCGGCGUGCUUCAUCCAAAGCCUCUGACCUCUUGACCUUCAAUGCGGGCUCGGCAGGGUCACGGUCCGUGCAGGACGGGGAGAUCAUCUUCUCCAAGAACAACGUGUGUGUGCACCCGGCUGAGUCCGUGCCCGGCCUGCCCGAGCAUCACCCAGGCUACCUGUGUGUCCAUCUGGAGAAGGACGAGACUCUGGGUUCUACUCUCAUCCUCACCUGGGUGCCCAACUCGCGCAUUCAGAGGCAGGACGAAGAGGCCUUGCGCUACAUCACGCCCGAGAGUUCACCUGUGCGACGUAACCCACGCCGCCGUCGUGCCCGUCUGGCACAGCCACGCCCUCCGCCCGCACAAGAAGACGACGAGGAAGAGGAGGAGGCCCCCGAGUCCGGUCUACAGCAGCAGGAAGAGGGCGAUGAAGGCUCGUGUGAGCUGUCAGCCGACGAGGUGAGCCGCGACAGCACGCUGGGCUCCGACUCGGACACGUUCUCCUCGCCAUUCUGUCUAUCGCCUGUUAGUGAGGCGCUGGCAGAGAGCACCAGCUCUGUCUUCCUGGACAGUGAGAGCAGGGAGAUGUGUGAUGAAUCCAUGACUCAUUCUGCAAGCUCCGCCUCCAGUUUGGACAGCCACGCCCUCUCGGAGAGCAGUCAGUCGCAGGGCAUGCGAUGGGAGGAGCAGCAGAAGGUUCUGGCUGUAGAACAGCUGUGUGGAGUGUUCCGAGUGGACCUGGGACACAUGCGGUCCCUCCGGCUCUUUUUCAGUGAUGAGGCCUGCACAAGUGGUCAGUUGGUCAUAGCGAGCAGAGAGAGUCAGUACAAGAUCUUGCACUUCCACCAUGCUGGUCUGGACAAGCUGGCUGAAGUCUUUCAGCAGUGGAAAUGCUGCAGGGAGACGCAGCUCAAGGACCAGGUGACGGAUGAGAAGUCAUGCAUGCAGUUCUCCAUCCGUAGACCCACUCUUCCCUCCACGGAGACUCACCCGGAGGAACGUCUCUACCGGAGACUGGACGUCAGCUCCUGGCUGCGGCACCUGAACCACAACGGUCAAGUGGAGGAAGAGUACAAGCUCAGGAAGGCCAUCUUUUUUGGGGGGAUCGAUCCAUCCAUCCGUGGGGAGGUGUGGCCCUUCCUGCUGCACUACUACAGCUACGACUCCACCUCAGAGGAACGCGAGGCCUGGAGGCUUCAGAAACGCACCGAGUACCAGGAGAUCCAGCAGAGGAGGUUGUCCAUGAGCCCUGAGGAGCACAGUGAGUUCUGGAGGAAGGUGCAGUUUACGGUGGAUAAGGAUGUGGUCAGGACUGACAGGAGCAACAUGUUCUUCAGAGGAGAGAACAACCCUAACGUCGAGAUCAUGAGACGCAUCCUCUUGAACUACGCGGUCUAUAACCCGGAGAUGGGCUACUGCCAGGGCAUGUCUGACCUGGUGGCUCCACUCUUGACCGAGAUCCAGGAUGAAAGUGACACAUUCUGGUGCUUCGUAGGCUUGAUGGAGAACACCAUCUUCAUCAGCUCCCCCAGAGACGAGGAUAUGGAGCGGCAGCUGAUGUAUCUGCGAGAGCUCUUGCGCUUGAUGCUGCCGCGCUUCCACCAGCACCUGAUGCGGCUCGGAGAGGACGGCCUGCAGCUGCUGUUCUGUCAUCGCUGGGUUUUGCUCUGCUUCAAGCGCGAGUUUCCUGACACAGAGGCACUGCGCAUGUGGGAGGCCUGCUGGGCUCACUACCAGACGGAUUACUUCCACCUCUUUCUGUGCGUGGCCAUCAUUGUUCUCUAUGGCGAUGAUGUCACGGAGCAACAGCUGGCAACAGAUCAGAUGCUGCUGCACUUUAGCAACCUCUCCAUGCACAUGAAUGGAGAACUGGUGCUGAGGAAGGCACGAAGCCUCCUCUAUCAGUUCCGACUGCUUCCCAGGAUCCCUUGCAGCCUGCAUGACUUGUGUAAGCUGUGCGGGCCUGGCAUGUGGGACAGCCGUUACAUUCCAGCCGUAGAAUGUUCCGGAGAGCAUCCGGACUCGCAGAGCUGCCCCUAUGGAGGCAUGGCCACCCCGCAACCCCCGUCAUCGCCAACCCAGCCUCAUGAGGGCAAGCGAGGCUCAAAAAAACGGGACCUCUUUCACUUUCGCAAGCAGCCUUGACUCUAGGCUCAAAGCAGCACUACCCAAAAAGCCUAGCUCCAGAGGUGCCAUUCGACAGGUAGAUGAGCGAAACCAGACUGCAGUCUAAUUACUAGUCCUGUAAGAGAUAUCGGAAAGGAUCACUGCCGACACCAAUGACAUAUAUUUAUGUAUAAUUUGGUAUCAGAAUCAGCUCUGAAGGGAACUCUUAUUUGGUCUCAUUUCUGAACGAAGUGAGGCGACUCGACGGUCAGUGCUGGAUCUGAUAAACCUCCGGAUUGAGAAGAAGACUGAUCAAAAGGAUACCUUUGUAAUUGACAAAUCAAAUAUACUCUUAUUUUUCUUUUCUUUUUUUAGACUAUAUGCAUGGGUGUGAGUGAGAUGUUUUAAAAAAUGUUUUUGGAGUUUAAUUUAUUUAGUUUGCAGUAAUGGGAGCAAUUUGUUCUGUCAAAUUAUAGCUGAAAUACAGAAGGAUGGGGUUCAUGAUGCAAAAACAAACAAACAAAACCCUAUUAAGUCAUUUCAUACCUCACCAUACAGUAUAUUGGCAUACAGAGACUAUAGAUUACAUACACUACAAUAUUAUGUUUUUUUUUUUUGUUAACAAAGCAAUAUAUAUUGAGAUUUUUUUAGGAUAUUAGACGUAUUUUAUCACUAAACACAUGAGCAAUACUUCCUGUUCCGAACACACUAUUGUGCAUGCGUCGUCUUUGUCUUUUUCAUAAGUACAAAUCAAGCAGUGAUCAGAUAUUUGGCUGGUUACGAUGUAAUGUCAAUCCCACCGUAGUGCUCUCAGUUCUGUGUUUGGAUGGUGGUGCCAUAGCCUCGUAUGUUAAAAUCACGACUGUGGCAGAAGGUCUUAAUCCGCUCCAUAAUUCCUCUCGGCGCCGCAGGGGAGAAAAGAGCUCCAGUCCAAACCCAAGUGGGACUUUGCCUAUAAUUACUUAAUCUGGGGGACGUUAAGCCGCUGGAUGGAUGGCGUUCGGGUUGUGCGUCUUCGAUGACUGAGUUAGUGGGCUGAAGACGGCCGGCAACUUAAAGGUUCCCCAGAGUCUGUUUGAGAGCAGCUUGGAGAGCAGCAAGCCACAAAUUGCCGUUAAAAGGCAACAUUAUUCUGCGGGAGCCGAGCUCAGCCUCUCCACAUGCAGCCUCGAUAAAUGCAAUGCGUUAUGGACCCUUUUUAAACUAUUAGGCUUUUGAAAGGUUUCUCGGAUAUCCAGGAAGGCCAAAGGGACAUCAGGAUGGUUGGGAAAUAAUUGGAAGAUUACAGGGACGGCUUAUGUGUUUUGGUGCGUGUGGUUUUGGUUGUGUGAUGGCAAACUAGCCUACUUUGUCAUGCUUUUUUGAAGCUUAUACUUUAACAUACAUACUCAGGGGUGGACAAAUUAUAAGUUUUGUUAGCUAGCCCACCAGGCACAUGGAAGCUCCAGUAUGCCGCCCAAUUCCAUGUUUUGGUGCGUAGAAACCUAACUGACUAGACUGAAAAGUUGUAGCUAACGUCGUAUUCUAACCUAUGGCCAGCUAGUUAGCUAAUUAAGUGCAUUAAUACAGACUAAGGGAAAUGAACGCGUUUAUAAAUUCCCAGCAAGAGGACAACUGUGUAGCCAUAGUGAUUGUACUUUUCUGAUCAAGUUUUUGAUGUAGCACAUUGCGUUUGGACCUCAAAAAAAAAAAAAAAAAGAGUUGAACAUUUUGACUUUGAGCCGUGGUGUUCUCGCAUCGCAAGCAAAAGGUUCUUCAAGUCUGGCUAGUGUCUUAAUUUCCUCUCUAUAUAUUUAAAUGUGAGGGGACCUGUUGUGCUAGCAGGAGACUUGUAUCGUAGUUUUGUGCCGCACUUUAUUUUGCUAAGUUUCCCCACACCUGUGUAUUCCUGAUUCAUGAAAAAUCGGUCUCCGAUCAAUUCAUCCACCUAGAAAGUUGGAGGUAAAACCUGUUGUACUGUCAGGCACUCAUUUUGAAUUUUCCCAGCUGCUGAACUAAACGCAUCAGCUGAGCCAGAUUGUAUCACGCCCGUGUGUGUAGUGCAGCGGGCGGUGGGACGCAGAACAAGUAGCUUGGGCUAUGAUUUACAGCAUUGAGAUGUGUUAGGUCACUGUGAAACACGUUACAUUUAAACAUGAAACUUGCGUUUUUAAAAAAAGUUAAUAAGUGAGGUUCGUUUUCUUUCUCUGGUUGUUGAAUUUUCUGCAGAGAAAACUAUGAAUAAAAUAUACACAAACACUAACUCCACAUGUCCCAGGUACCCAGGUUUUGGUGAGUAUUUGUGAAGUUACACAGACGUAACAUUUCUUUUCUGAUGCUAACAUGGAUAUUUCGUCAGUACAGUUGGGUAAAGCUGGAUUUAUAGGUUUGCUAGUUGAUCUGUCAUUUGUGGUGCACAAUUGUAAAGAAGAGAGGUGUGAACAUUCACAACAAUUUAGUAAUUCUUGCCAAACCUGACACCUUUUUGCACUUUUUCUCUAACGCGCAUUGUUCGACUGGAGACUUUUUAUUACAUAAGCAGCCAUAUGCAUGUGCACACAUGCAUACACAAACGCACACACCUGCCUGCUUGACUUUGCUUGAAGUUCACUUUAAACCGUCAAGACGUGCACAUGUGUAGCCUGGUGAAAUGUCACGCAGAUACGUGGCUAUCUGAUCUCUUCGCCAAACCUUGUUUGCUUUUACUCUUUGUAUGAGACUCUAGCUGCCUUUGGUCUUCUCCUGGCUACAGACAGAGUCCUCAGUGUGCUGUGUCCCAUAUGACGCUCAUUAUGCAGCUGAUCGAUUCGAGCCAGUUGCAUUCUGGACAAACAAAUCACUUUAAUGCACGAUCAAAAGAAUGCACCGAUUUAAAAAAAAAAAAAAAAAAAAGCCACUUUACAUCCUCCCCUGCCUGUAUUCCUCAGCAUAUUGCUCCUUUUAUCUGCAAAAAUAAAGAUGAUGAGGAUAAUUUCGUUUUGAAUUGUAUUCGAAUUGCAUGGGGAAAAGCGCAGAAGAUUGGUUGUAUACUGUAUCAUUGUUGUCUCUGGGUUUUUGUGCACCACAGGAUCGAGACUCGUCUGAACUCUCUGUUGUUGAUUAUGUGGUUUAACUGUAAGGCCUGUAGCAGAGAUAGCAGUAGUUUAAAAAAACAAGCAAAAAAAAAAAAGGUUACUUAAAACCCCAAAGUGAUUCAUAUCUUACAGUUGCAGUGUGUGCAUGCAGUAGCUUAUUUUUCUUUUGCACGUGAUGCAUCAAUCAAAGAGAGAGAAUUCUUACAUUUCCUCAGCCACCUCAGUCUCCAUCUUGUCAUCUUUCUCUCUCUGCAUCUGUCUAUCUGUCUGUCUUCUCCCUCCCUCUCUUUGAGUAACAGUAUGGGGGUGGUGCGAGCCCCCUGCCGCUGCGAUUGCAUUGCCUGCUGUGCUAUUGGCCCUAAUUAUCAAUUACAGAGGCCAGGCGUCCCCACCUGGAGCAGGCUGAGGUGCUAAUAAGCCUGGACUGCUUUACCCAUCUCGUGUGUGUGUCUCAGCAGGGCUGGACGGGCCUCGCUGCUGAGCCGCUAAUGGAUCCUGCACUGUCACACUCGGCCUGUAGUCAUGCAGGCCAAACCUUCCUCAUUAACAUGCCUUCUCUUGCUGCCUGAUGCUUCACUGCUCAAUUCCAUCAUUAGAUUUUCCUAAUGUUUUGCAUUGGCAGUACCACGGUACUUUGCUUAAAACCAGAAAGACUUGUAGGCGUGUCGUAAAGCUGUAUGCAAAUAUGAUUUGUUUGUUUUUUUUGCACAAGCGAUAAUGGCAAAACUGUCAUCCCAGAAUCCUAACCUUUUAUAGGGAUUUGUCGUUUAAAUGGGCAGCCUGUAACUUUGCGUCCAGUCCAAAACAUCACUGAUUCUCAGACCCAAGUGGUUUCUGUUCCUCUAAAUACAGUCUCUACAAUAAAUACAAUAACUUUCAAUUGACGGAGGAAUAACAUUAACCAGAGCCUGCAGUUCCCCAGAAUUAAAACAAACUUUGACCCCUGCGUGUUUUUAUGUGUAAAACGAAAACGUUUAUUAAACUUGCACAUGCGUAUUUACUUAAAGAGAAGAACUAUUUGUUCGAGGGCCAGAUUGCAUUGUACACAUUCUGUCUCUUGCGGAGUUUUCAGUGAUCGGAGUUUCACAGAAAUGUAGCUUUCCUUCUCAGGAUGUUCAGGACAACCGCUUUCUCAUUAGUCGUUUCAGGAUUUGCAAAAACAUCAUCAAGAUGCUUUUAUUUGUUUAAGCUGUGAUAGAAUGUUUUAUAGUAAGAUCUCGAUGCAUUGUAUAUUUAUUUGACAAAGUGAAAGCUCUGGUAUAUAACUGCCCAGCCUUCCAGUUUUGAUUGUCGAAACACAUGUAAAACAUGACUGGAAAACCAACCAAGUCAUUUGAGUAUAAACUUUGAAGUGAGGGCACAAAGUUUUAUUAAGGCAUGCUUUCAAAUUUCAAAUUUAAUCUUCAAUGUUGUCAAUUGUUCCGCAAACAUGAUCUGUAUUUCCAGGCAGUUCUUCAGUCCAACCGAAUUUGCCUUUGCUUAAUUUGUGGCUGACACAAUCUGUAAAAAACAAAACCUGAAUGUACUGUGUGUGAAAUGUGCAUCAAAGCUAUGGGUAAAUCAUAAUGUAGAAAAACUGUAUGAUGAGGGAUUAUAUUUAUUUUUUUAAGCGCCAUUAUGAUGAUUGUUGUAGAAUUUAGCAAAAACCUUAUUCAGAUGAAGAAUUGAUUGUAGUGUGACAUCCUUGAUAAAAUGUCUUUUGACAUUUUCAUUCUACGGUGUCCAAUCCUAUCUGCACUGUGUGUGUGUGUGUGUAGGUUCCUAUUGUGGAUAAGAUUGGUCACAUCUGGUGUAAUUUGUUGCCUUUUUUUUUUUUUUAAAUAACACUUCUGCUCAUUUUGCGGCAUCAGUUUAUUUUAUGGCAAGUUUGUUUGUCAGUCGCCACAACGGCCAACUUCCUCGAUCACAACACUUAACCUUUUCACGUUUACACCGACGACUCUGAAUGAUGCACGACAGCAUAGUUGUUUGUACUGUAUUACGCCGCAGGCCUCCGAUUCCACAACAUUCUUUAAAAACAGAGGCCUCGGACACAAACGCAACCAAUUGUCACUUUUAUACCUUAUACAUCCUGU